AUAAACAGAUAUUUAAAAAAUGAGCGAUAACUCAAACUUCCUAUGAAUAUAAAUUUGCAACGCUGAUUUUAGGUAGUCACUCAGUUGUUCGGCAGUGGUAGAUGUGGAAGACACAACACGAUAAAAUGAGGCAUCCGUAACUAGAAGCGUGUAUCUUCCAAAGUGGUGCUUCAAUCGAAUGCGAUAGGGUGUCGCGUAUAGAAACCAUUAUCAAUUUCAACUUCACUGUGAAAAGACGUUAGGGAUCUUCGAUCUACAUAUCAAAGCGUCGGAUAUUUGCUUGGAAUUUAGCUCGUUUUGUAAGGGACACCAUUUGGGAUCCAAUUAUCUGGUCAGUAACUCAAUUCAGUUCACCAAGACAAGAUGCAAGAGCCUACAGACUACAAUAUUGCUCUUCUCAUUUUGUCAGGCUUGGUAGCAGUGACAAACGCUGCCGUUUGCUGGCUCGUUAUCACUCGUAAAAAACUACGAACCUACACUAAUGGCUUCGUAGUUUCUCUCGCCGUUUCGGAUAUUCUUAGCGGCGGGAUUUUCAUGCCAACGACGGUCUUAAUUCCCGAUUCGGUGAUCGGUGGACAUAUUUCUAUGAUGGUAAUUGUAUCCAGUACCUUAAAUCUCAGCGCUGUUGCAUUCGAUAGGUAUCUUGCGGUCGUCAGGCCCUUGGCUUACAGAUCUAGGAUAGAGACCUCUUUUGUCCGUCUGGUUUGCGCUGUUUGGGUAGUAUCGAUGGUAACAUCUAUUAUUCCAGUGAUGUGGGGUGCAAAUGCUGAAAGCCUCGUUCAUAAAGUCUAUUUGUCUUGUGCCGUGGUUCUCUUCCUUAUUCUUCCAUUGAUCUUCAUUCUAUUUGUGUACACGUUCAUCUUUAUGAGGCUUCGCAGACAUGGCAAGCUUUUGCGUAACCUCCACGCCACGAGAACUCGUCUUGUUGAAGCAAGAAGAAGCCGAAGAGAAUCCAAAUCAGUCAAAAUGUUUUUCAUCAUUCUUGCCAUAUUUGCAGUUUGUUGGGUUCCAGUUAUUUACAUGACCUUUACUUACGUGGCUGGCAGGUUUGAUAUCGUUCCUUAUCCACUAGCCGUGGUUUCCAACUUCUGUAUAAUGCUGUCAUCAUUGGUAAACCCCUUUCUCUAUACAUUUAUGAAGCUUGACUUCCAACGAGAGCUCAAAGCAAUUUUACCAUGCAAACGCUUUAAAAACACGAGAAGGCCCCAACAGCUUCGAUACAAUCAUGAAAGUAUGAGAACAACAAAGGCUACAUUCCUUACUGUCGUGGAAGAAGAAAGCAGAUUCGAUAGCUUAUGAAAAUACCGUACUUUGUAUGAAAAAAUUAAUUCCCGACAAAAAGAAUGAAGGAAAAGAAGGAAGGAAAAACGACGCUUUGAAGGGCUGACCAAGUAUUUCACAGGCGUCAGGAGACUCAAUGAAAAACAGGAAAAAGCAUAAAAGGAAAAAAAUAAAAUAAUUGAUAAAGGAACAGACCUUCGAGUAGGCCUUUAGAAAAAUAUCGAGUACUGAAUCAUAACUCUUAUUAAUGGUAUAUUGUCUUAUAAGAAUUACAUACAGUUAGGAAAAGCUGAAAACCUCAACAUUUGACAAAGUUUCGAGUUACUGCAAAGUUUUAACUUCAUGGGGAAUAUUUUUUUCCCAAACAAAUAAUAUUAAAUUGAAAGCAAAACAUUGAAACAGUUAUUAGCCAGAGUUUUUUCGCCGUGAAAAUAAAAAAUAAAAUGAAAACAAACUUGA